UUUGCCUCUCCUCCAGACGGGGCCCUGUUACUGGGCGCCUCGGGACUGAACGGGCGCUGCUGGGCCGGCUCCCUCUGGGUGUUCGCCGACCCGCGCCGUGCCCCCAGCGAGGGUUUCUGCACCGCUGGCGUCCAGACGGAAGCGGGUGUCGCCGACCUGUGCUGGGUGGCUGACAGGGGCAUCCUGGGGGCCUCCGCAUCCGGCGCCGUGGAGCUCUGGGAGCUGGAUGAGAAGGAAACCCUCAUCGUCAACAAGUUCUGUAAAUACGAGCACGAUGACAUCGUUAUGACGGUGGCCGUCCUGGCCAACAGCACCCAGGUUGUCAGCGGUGGCAGGGACUUCUGCGUGAAGGUCUGGGACCUCCCGCAGCAGACGGUGCUGCACUCCUACAGAGCUCACUCCGAUGCGGUGACAUGUGUGGCGUCCUGUCCUGGUAAGGACACCAUGUUCCUGUCCUGUGCUGAGGACAGCAGAACUUUACUCUGGGACACCAGAUGCCCCAAACCAGCUACUCGAAUUGUUUGCAGUGCCUGUAAUCACCUCCCUACCUCAGUCAUGUGGCAUCCACACAAAAGUGACAUCUUUGCUCUGGGUGAUGAAAAUGGAACAGUUGCACUAGUAGACACAAAGAAUCCUGAUUCUGCCCUCAGCUCCACUGUGCAUGCCCGAAAUAUCACAGGGUUUGCGUUUUCUACACAUAGUUCACCCUUACUGGCUUCAAUCAGUGAAGACUGUUCAGUAGCUGUUCUCGACUCAGACCUCUCAGAGGUGUUCAGAAACCGUUCUCAUCAAGACUUUGUGAAAGGCUUAUCGUGGUCUCCUUCAGACAAUGCCUUGCUCACUACAGUUGGAUGGGAUCAUCAGGUUUUACAUCACACUGUCCCCAUACCAACUGGUGAAGCUUCUGGAGUCAACUGUGUAAAAGAAUAGUUUUAUAAACCUAUGGUCCAAAUUCCUUCCUGGCACUACUUUGAUUCUGCUGAAGUCAAGGGGGUGUGUGAACUGGAGUUCAGGGUAUGGUCUGUUGUCUGCCUUGAAGCUUGUGACUAAGAAGGUUCCUGUAGUAAUUUUGAAUUAGGCAUAAGAUAGCUACAAGCCAAGCUUUACCCUCUCCUCAGGAGCUCGCGUGUGAUGAGACUUCAGUAUUUUACCCAGAAAAAAAUUGACUUCAGGCACAG